AUGUCAUGCCGAGAAAACGAACGACAAGAACUGACUUGCGAAAAUAAUUCAAGCAAGUCAAUAUUGAAGAAUAAACGCCGGGAAUCUUCAGAUCCGACCAUAGUUUCUACGGUGAAUUCAGAAGCAACAAGCGACUGGACGGCAUUGACUUAUAUGUCGUGGAAUAAUUCGAUUGACACGAAAAAUAAUAUUCCUGAUUAUGAGUCACUGAUUCGAUGGAAUGAACAGAAUCCUCGUAUAAAAACGAACACGCCUGUCAUUCGAAUUUCGGAAGUUACGGAACCCACGGCAUUUACAGCGGAAAUACCAGCUAUGACCAACGAUCAACCAAAAAGGCCGUUCAAUAUUCUUAGAGUGCACGAGAAAUAUGUCAAAAGAGCAUCGGCUGUGAUGAGAGACGUUACACCUGACACGUUUUCCCAGAGUGUCGAUUUGUUUUUCGAUGUUCUUGUCCAAGCGAACCAUGCAAAUCGAUUUUACUUGGGGAAGGUCACAGAUCUGAUAGUGUUACAGGCGAUUGAAAGACCCGAGAACAGCACUAUUUACGCAGAACUGUGUUCUCAUGCCAUCGGAAAGGCGUCUAUGGAUUCGAGGUUGACCGUAUGUCAAGGGCUCCCGCGACAGUUCAAACACGAGUUGAUCAAAUCGUGUCAAGACAUCUUAAGGAAUGCAGGCGUUUUGCCCAAUAAGGAACGUUUUGAUGCGAGUUCGCGUACAGACCGUCGACACGACCCUCGCGAAGAGCAGGAAUCGGAAGAAUUCGAUCAUAAAACUCGCGUUCGUACGCUAGGAACCUGCAGAUUCAUGGGUGAGCUUUUCAUGCAGGAACGCUUCAAAAUGUUAAAAAUCGUUCAAAGAAUCGUGAACACGUUCAUACAAACGCACGACGCGCUUUCGGUGGAAUGCCUUUGCGUAUUGUUGUCAAGAGUCGGAAAAAGAUUCGAAAACAUAAACGGAGACGCAGCCGCCCCGUGUCCACCGAAUCAGGUGUACGAGAAGCUCGGUAGGUACUUAGCCACCGGGUGCGUGGGCAACAAUCCCCUGCCCAGACGAACGUUGCAAAUAAUCGACACACUUCUCCGGGCACGUGAACUUUGUCGGGCCGGCCUAUAUCGUGAUUGGUCUCAACACGCUGGACCUAACCAGCAACGGUUAUGGCGCACCGCGAACGACCGCGGUACUCCGACUGCCGCAGACUACCGCGGUUACCGCAAUCACCGUGUGAGACCGUUGUGGUACAGAGAAAACCCAAACCGUCAAGUAACGUUUGCACAACAAUAUAGCUUCCGCACAAACGCCGGAGCCGAUGGGCUUUCCAUUCGUUCUUCCGACCGUUCGUACGGAAUCAGCGGCCGACGCCCAGACCGACGACAAACCCAACGCCAAUAGCCGAGCCUGACUGCCAGCCAUACGCCUUGUCUUGGCGGCGCCGACGACAUAAUUGAGCGUAACGUACACGCAAAAUAAUACGGCUCAACACUGCUCGAUAUUAUGACCGUGCUUACAACUUAGAGCAAGGAGUUGACAGUUUAUUUAUUGAGUUGGUCACGAGUGGAUUGUAAAAAGUAUAAAGAGUGUUUCUGAAAUAAAUCAUAAAAGUAGAACCAAGUAACGCGAUAUGGGACGUCCCAAGUAUCACAUUUUUUAAAUUAUUUUCUCCUCCAAGAUCUG